GUCUACACUCCAUGCAUGAGCCCUCUCACUUAGCAUUGUGCGGUCCAAUAGCCCCAUCCACGAUGAAGCUCACGUAUUUCAACACGCCUGGCCGCGCCGAGCUCGUGCGUCUCACGCUCUUCCUCCACGACAUUCCGUUCGAGGACGAGCGCCUCAGCUACGAAGAAUUUUUGGUGCGCAAGCCGACGCUGCCAUUCCAGCAACUCCCGACGCUCACUGUGGACGGCGAAGUAUUUGCGCAGUCGCGCGGCAUGGCGCGGUAUGUCGGCCACCUCACUGGUCUCUACCCGACGACCGAUCCACUGGGCGCCUACUGUACCGCAUCGACGAGCUCCUCGCCGCCCGACGUCACCAAGAAGGACGCACUCGGCAAGGAACUCGUUGACGUGAUGCUCCCGGCCUUGUUUGCGGGUGUUGAAGCACGUCUUGUCGCAGCAAACAAGGGCGGCCCGUACCUGUUGGGCGACAUGCUGUCGCUCGCUGACGUGGAGCUCCUCAUCAUGCGCAUUUGCUUGCGAUCGGGCUUUAUGGUCGGCAUUCCAACGACGAUGUGCGACCCGUACGUGCGCUGGAAUGAAAUUGCCGACGCCGUCGCGGCCCUCCCCAAAAUCCAAGCUUGGUAUGCCACGCACCCGUAA